AUGUCGAAAUUAAGAAUUCAUAAUUUUUCAUUUGGUAAAGCAGGGAGUAAUUUUCUUACCAAAACAUGGUUGGACACAUCAUCAAACCCUCCUCGUAAACAAAUAGUACAUUAUUAUUUGAAUGAAAAGUAUUUGAAUAAUGAUUUUCAUUCCGACCACACGAGCCGCCUUGAUCCAACGGAAAAUAGAUCAUCAUCAUCAUCGACACCAACAACAGCAACACCCACGCUAAAUGAUUCUGCUUCAAAUUCUCUUAACCGAGAAUACAACAUCUUUUUUCCUGGAGACAUUCAAUUAACAAGAAGUGAUUUUAUUAAAUAUUUAAAUUCCGAUUAUCCAUUUGAAGAGGAUGAAGAGAUGAAACAACAAGAAAAUUCUCCUCCUGCCAUUUUAGAAGUUUACUAUGAAAAUGUGUUCGAUUUAUUGCAUGAAAAAUUUCCAAAUUCUGUGGCUUAUUUAAUUAUUCAACCUUCACAAUUAGAUUUCACUUCCUUUAUUUAUGAAUAUGAAAAUUUUUAUGUCAAAGGAAAUGCCAAUCGUCUGUUGUUGGAAAUUCUCAAUGAUUUAUUUCCACAUGAAAAUUUUGGACAAGAUCACUGUGAAGCCUGUGUUCAUUUGUUGGCCUUCUCAAAAGGAUGCGUUCCAUUGAACGCUUUAAUUUGUGAAGUGACUAACUUUAAAAUGUAUCUGGAACAGCAAAAACAACAAGAAAAUUCUUCAUUGUAUUCAAUGAUGGGAACAUCACUCACGUUUGAUCAUUGGAAUCAUUCAUUCAAAUAUAGACAUUGGGACGAACAUCCAAAUCCUUUCGUUCAAAAGUGUUAUCGAGUGCCACUUUUACAAGAACCCAUUCCACAACAGCAACACAACAAUUUCAUGAAUUGCAUGCAACAAGCAGUGAAUUUCUUCACUCAACAAGUUCAAACCAUCUAUUAUUUGGAUUGUCAUCGAUUUAUUACCGAUGAAGUAUUGUUACAGAAGUUUUACACGUUUUUUUUGCACAAGAAUGAGAGUCGCCCAUUCAUUCUACGAUCAUCACUGAGUCGAUCCAAUCCUUAUCUCAUGAUUAAAAUCUAUCAGACGCCACUCGCGGAAGAGAAGGGUAUUUAUCGGAGGCAUAUUAAGGUCGAGUCCGAGUUAUUCAUGAAGACUCUAAAGAAAGCACAUGUGGCCUUAUGUAAGGACAAUUCAUCUCCAAUAUGCCCUCAUCUCGUGUAUCAAUAUUAUUAUGGAGAGCUUCAGAAUCGAGUGAAUAGUUUUGUCUUGCAUUUCAAGUUGUUGAAGGAUUUUCAGGUCUAA